UCUCAUGCAUUUCAUUUACAUUCACAUUCACACUCCUAGCCUCUCUCCAAAGUUCAAAUCCCCAUAGGAGUCAAGAAUAAGAUACUUUUAUUAGAGACAAUAUGGCUGGUGCUGGUUUCGUUCCUUUCUUGUUAAUGGUUCUUGUGCAAUUCGUCUAUGCUGGGAUGAAUAUUACUUCAAAGCUUGCAAUACAAUCUGGCAUGAAUCCUCUUAUCCUUGUUGCUUAUCGACAACUCUUUGCAACUGUGUCCAUUGUUCCCUUUGCUUAUUGGCUUGAAUGGAAUAAUCUUCCCAGGAUGACAAAGCCUCUUAUGUUUCGGAUACUAUUAUCGUCCAUGACAGGAGUUACAGGAAAUCAGGUUCUAUAUUUUGUGGGGCUAAAAUAUUCGACCGCUACAAUUGCAUGUGCACUGACCAAUUUGCUCCCAGCUUUCACUUUUGUCCUUGCAAUUCUCUUCAGACAAGAGAAUUUGAAAAUCAAGAAGAGGUCCGGGCUAGCAAAGGUAUUCGGCACAAUAUUGUGUGUGAGUGGAGCCUUGCUUCUGUCAUUUUACCAUGGAAAAACCAUUGGUUUAGGCCAAUCAAGUAUUCACUGGAAAUACGCAGAGAAAAUGGAAGCAAAUGACUCUUCUGGUAACGCAAGCUUACUUAUUGGUCCUUUAGCUUUUAUUGGUAGCACCCUUGUUUGGGCAGGAUGGUUCAUAAUUCAAGUGAGCCUUUCAGACAGAUAUCCAGCACCCUACACGAGCACUAGCUUAAUGUGUUUACUGGCGAGCUUUCAAUGCGUGAUCAUUGCCUUGUGUUUUGACCACAGUGCCUCGGGUUGGUCAUUGCACAAUGCUAUGAGACUUUCCUCUGCUCUUUAUGCGGGAGUGAUGUGCACGGCGUUAGCGUAUGGCCUCAUGUCGUGGACCAUUGAGAGAAAGGGUCCUCUUUAUGUCUCUGUAUAUACCCCUUUACAGCUUGUCCUCACUGCCAUUUUAAGCUGGGCUUUACUUCGGGAGAAAUUAUACGCUGGAACUGCCAUAGGGUCUCUCUUGAUAGUGUUGGGGCUCUAUUCUGUUCUUUGGGGAAAGAGGGAAGAGAAGAAAGAGGGUGUUGAAGACUCACUUAAAGAAGCAAUGAAGGAUAGUGAGAAGGAUCCGAAGAAUGAAACGGAAUUGCAAUCCUAUGUGCCAUCCAAUGGUAAUCAUUGAAGAAGAGAAGGGUAGGCAGAUUGAGAUUCAUGGCAAGAUGCAUGCUAACAUAUAUAAGGAUUGCCAAGUUAUUCAGUUGUUUCUUUUUCUUUUUUUUUUGUUCCCUAGUCAAUUUGAAAUCUGAUCAUGAUCCGUGUGUAAUCUUGUGUCACAUUUGAAAGUGAUCAACAACCAUUGUCAACUUUAAAUUAAGAACUCUUUGCGGUUGCAGACAUAUCAUUUUGUUUACCGUGAAUCAGUUAUCCCUUUAAUAAACUAUGAUUUAACCCCUAA